UGUCAUUUCAUCCGAAAAAUAAAAAUAAAUUAUUUAUCUUAUUACAAUAUCGGCAUAUUACAAUGACGGAUAAUAUACAAGUUCCUAAUGAGUUUUCGGAUGCGCCAUCGAAAGCAGAAGGCGGUUGGUGGCGCCAUUCACUGGCUGGCGGUUUAGCCGGAGUUGUUUCGCGUACAAGCACAGCGCCGAUUGACCGGAUAAAACUAUAUAUGCAGGUCCAAACUCAGAAAACUUCUUUACUUGAUAGUGCGAAUUACAUGAUUAAAACCGGUGGCAUACGCAGUAUGUGGCGUGGUAAUGGCGUUAAUGUUUUAAAAAUCGGUUCUGAUUCGGCUAUCAAAUUCACAAUCUACGAGAAAGUGAAGCAUUACAUCAGAAUAGAGCGGAAGUCAUCGCAAGAAGAAAUGACUAUGGGUGAACGAUUCAUUGCUGGUGCUAUAGCUGGUAGCAUCUCGCAAACAACCGUUUACCCUUUUGAUGUCUUGAAGACUCGUCUGGCAUUGCGCACCACCAGCGAACAUCGCGGAUUAUUUGCUUUAAUUAAAAAUAUUUAUUUAACAGAAGGCGUGCGAAGUUUUUACAAUGGCUACACAAUUAAUUUGCUAGGUGUCUUACCAUAUGCCGGCAUAGAUCUGGCCCUAUAUGAAACUUUGAAAAGUUAUUUAGCCGGUGAAAAAACAAAUAAGCAACCGAAUUCAAUGAUUUUAUUAGUCUGCGGUGCGAUUUCCAGUGCAGUGGGUCAACUUAUAACGUACCCUUGCUCAUUAAUACGUACAAGGAUCCAAGCGCAAAUUGUUCCAAGAACUGAACGUCGCACCGUUAUCACAAAGCGACCUGUAAGUAGAUUAACAACGAUUGGAAUAGUUAAAUCAAUUAUCGCCAACGAAGGCUUUUCUGGAUUGUAUCGUGGAUUAUUCAUAAACUUAGCCAAAGUAUUGCCAGCUGUUUGUAUUAGUUAUAUUGUGUACGAGUAUUCGAUUCAAAUGUUAGGCGUAUCGAUGAGCUAAUUUUUAAAGAAUUGAUCGCAACGAAUAAAGUUUGUUUGUAAGUAUAGUUUUAAAAUAAAAAGUGCAAUAAUAAUUGCUAAAUAAAUAAUCAAACCAAUUUCUUUUAUUACCAAAUAUUUCGAUAAGUCAUCAGGACAAAAAUAUAUGUUGGAUAUAAUCCGAUAUUAAUACUGUCAUAAGCACUUAAAUA